AUGGCUAAAGAACUACAGUCUCCAAAAGAUGCAUCUCCAUCACCAGAGUCUGUGGUCAAUGGAGGAGCAAUUAUUGACAGUUUCUCAGCUUUGGACCUACCUGCCUUACAUUCAGUUGACUCAACUAAAGAUGCUUUAGCGCCAAAUGCUAGACUUACUGCAGCAAGUAAAUCAGAUCAGAGCACUACGCCAUGUACCUUAGGUCCUGCAACAUCCAUCAGUAAUGACCUGCAUUUACCAGGACAGACAUCAGCAUUUCGACCAUUCAUUACUCCAGCUUCAUUAGUGUCAACAAGAGAAAUCAGUUCAUCAUCUCAUACUCAGAUAGUAAACACAUCCACACAGCUUUCCGUAGAUGACAGCUUAAUAUUGCCAGGAACCACUUCUUCUCUAGUCCUUGAGACCAAUUCCCCAUCAUCAAAUCAUCUCAAUUUUUUACGAGAGUCAAGUUCAAAUCAUGAUGAAAAUGAUGAUGGACGUACAACAGCAUCAGCACCUCCUUGUACUCCAGCUCCGGAACCUCACCAGCAGCCUCAGUCUCCUUUCAGAAACAGUCGUCAGAUUAAAAAAAUUGACCUCCUGGCAAUGUCACGGUCUCGCCAAUCAGACAGAGCUGAUAGUGCCAGGAGAGAUGGGCGGAAUAGCGGUUUCACUUUCCCAGCUGGGCGUGGUUUGAGAACACAUUCCAGUCUACAACUGAACUUGCAGCAAAAUGGCAGUCUGCCAGUGACUGAUGCUGUGGUGUCUCCAGAAAGGCUGGCAAAUGGCACUUCGUCAGAUGCAUCACCAAAUGUAGAUGUAGUGAGUGUUGAUGAGCAGCCAGAUCCAUCCAGGUGUACCUUCAGUGUUCAUUUUCAUGACUUGGCCACAGCUGAACAGAUGUUGAAAUGCAGUCUGUGUGGGUUCAUCACCAACAACCAGAAGUUUUAUAGAAGACACAAAAGAUUACACAGCCGCCAAUAUCAUCCAAAUCUCAUUCACUGCAGUCUGUGUGACUAUUCAACUUCCCAGAUUCGCAAGAUGAAAGAGCACACAAUCACUAGUCACCGGUUGCCUCAUACAUUGACAAGUUUCAACCAGAGCUUCACAGUUCCCCCAUCUGUACAUGAGUCUGCCAACAGGCAUCAAGUGCAAGGACAGAUGUACAUAAGUAGAGGCAACAGUAUCUUUCACCCAGUCACAAACAGAUCUGUCAAUGUACCAGCAGAAACAGCUGUAAGUACUACAUUAUCCAGCGCCUCCACACUGGGAUUCUCAGCUUACAUCCCCACAUCACAAGAACGUAUGCAUGUAAACACACAAGCAGAUCUGCCUCACCCACCCCGUGGUAGUGCCAUGUUGGGAAACUACGCACCAGCAAAUGAACAACCUGCCUCGGGCUACAUGCGGUCAGUUAUCUCUAACCUGAUGUCUUCUCACACAGAUCCAAACAGCAAUGUCACGUCUAGUAAUUUGUACCUACAGGCAGCCAAGAAUUUAGUUCAGGAUUCUCACAUGAUCUUGCCUUCCAACAGCAGCAUUCCCUCUGUGGAGGAGACCUUUAACUACAGGAGGUUUUGGAACACAAAUAGUUCUUUAAGUAACAACCAGAACCUCCCUGAAGCUGGUUUCAGGAAAGUUAAGACAGAGCCCAGAAGUGCACACAUGAACACAGUGCCAAGAAAUAUUUACAGUACUCUUGGAAGCAUUCAGAAAGAUAGGCCUGCACCGAGUGCACGCAGACAGUCAGACCCAUUGGAUAGUGAAUCUGGGAUGGAUCUGAGCAGUGAUGAUCCCACGAGUUCCCCACAGCCGGAUACCGGAGGGUCUAGAGUCGAUGCAAGAACCAGUACAGAGACAAAUCACACUGACAACACAGCACUUGUCGACGGAUCCACUACCGAAGCUCAGUGCUCUGUGCCUUUCAUUAAGAUUGAAUUCCCGCCACAUGGGGAAUCUUGCAGUUACCUCAGCCAUUCAUUCUGUACCCGGUCUGAUCGUGGAGUCCAGUGUGAGAUAAUAUCUACGUCAGGUUUAUCAAACAGACAAGGGCGUAUGCAGUCGGAAACUGUUAGCAGUGCCGGUGGUUCUGCCUGCGUGGAAACUCACUGCUAUUUUUGCGGGAUUACCUUUGAUGAUGAGGUCCUUUACUCCAUUCACAUUGGCUGUCACAGUCAUACUGACCCCUUUGUGUGUAACGUAUGUGGCAAGCAGUGCCAUAAUAAGUAUGGCUUCUACUCACAUAUAAUGCGAGGUCAUCAAGCUAGGUCCUCCACAUAA